UGCCGUUUCCCAUCUCCUAAAAAGUGUUUCUGUCUCGCUUGUACACAUUUCCGGCACUACAGAGAUAGUGUUUGAAGUUAGCGCGGGCAAUUUUCUUGUAAACAACGUCUUCGUUUGGCUAACAUUAGCGGUCUUGUAAACAUAGAUAUAUAUUUUUUACGAACUAAGGAUACGUGUCUAACUAUCAUAUGUUAACUUGAUGAGAAUUUUAGUUUCAGCGUGCAAAUAAAACAAUCCAAUAAUUGGGAGAAAUGGCGGUAGGGCUGUGCUAUGCUAGCUAGACCGAUUUAUUAUCAAGCUAACGUUAGCGGGCUAAAUACAUUUGGCUGAGUCUACACGGACAGAAAUGGACUCCAAAUACCCAAAUCUGGCGAGACCUCGGAAGAAGCUCCGGUACUUCUCCAAUAAAGCGAGCGCAUCAACCGCGAAGGGAAAUGCCGACCUGGACGUUGAUGACUCCAAUACUUGGUUCAAAGACUUGGAUUCUCCCUCUGAUGUUGGGGAAGAGCUUCCCCCUCUGCCUCCCUCUCCGACCUUCGCCCCUGUAGAGGAGAAGGAGAACAAGACCGCCAAUAGAGAAGUAGAGAAGGUGGAGAAGACUGGUAACCCUGUAGAGAAGGUGGAGAAGACUGGUAACCCUGUAGAGAAGGUGGAGAAGACUGGUAACCCUGUAGAGAAGGUGGAGAAGACUGGUAAUCCUGUAGAGAAGGUGGAGAAGAUUGGUAAUCCUGUAGAGAAGGUGGAGAAGACUGGUAACCCUGUAGAGAAGGUGGAGAAGACUGGUAACCCUGUAGAGAAGGUGGAGAGAGAACCAUCAUCAGUUCCAGAGACUGGUGAAGCGGUGCCCCAAGGAGAAGAGAUGCACAAGGAGGGGACCGCAGAGAGCACUUUGCUGGAUACUGAGAGCCCGUUUAAAAAGCACGCUCCCAUCAAGACCUCCAGCCCCAUAAAGCGGCAGGAGAGGGAUGAGGACAAGGACAGAACAGCCUCUCCAUUGCUCUUGAUCUGUGAUGAUGAUGAUGAUGAUGAUGAUGAUGGCCACGGCCCUAUAAAGCAGCCUAUCACUGCCCUGACACCACAGUGCAACGGACAGGCAGCAGACGGGGGAUAUGAUGCAGUGCUGGACUCUCCUCCCUGUCGGUUUUCUGUCAGCAAACAAAAGACGCCAGUUCACAGUAUGCCGAAGAAGGAAGAGACACCUUGGAAGUUGACUCUGUCCUUGUGCAGCGUAGAGACAGAGCCAGAAGAGCCUCCCCAAACAAGCCCGUAUCCAGCAGUAGAACUCAAAGAACAACCAGCACCAGGGAAGAAGAGUCUGGCCCAACCUUCAGAGAAGAAGAGUCUGGCCCAACCACCAGAGAAGAAGAGUCUGGCCCAACCACCAGAGAAGAAGAGUCUGGCCCAACCACCAGAGAAGAAGAGUCUGGCCCAACCACCAGAGAAGAAGAGUCUGGCCCAACCACCAGAGAAGAAGAGUCUGGCCCAACCACCAGAGAAGAAGAGUCUGGCCCAACCACCAGAGAAGAAGAGUCUGGCCCAACCACCAGAGAAGAAGAGUCUGGCCCAACCACCAGAGAAGAAGAGUCUGGCCCAACCUUCAGAGAAGAAGAGUCUGGCCCAACCACCAGAGAAGAAGAGUCUGGCCCAACCACCAGAGAAGAAGAGUCUGGCCCAACCACCAGAGAAGAAGAGUCUGGCCCAACCACCAGAGAAGAAGAGUCUGGCCCAACCACCAGAGAAGAAGAGUCUGGCCCAACCACCAGAGAAGAAGAGUCUGGCCCAACCACCAGAGAAGAAGCGUCUGGCCCAGCCACCAGAGAAGAAGCGUCUGGCCCAACCACCAGAGAAGAAGGGCCUGGCCCAGCCACCAGAGAAGAAGAGUCUGGCCCAGCCACCAGAGGAGGAGGCAACACAGGAAAGGAAAGCCACAUCCUCCUUCCUCCAGAAGCUGAGAGAGGCUGGUCAGUCCAAUCCUGCUUGCCCUAGGAAAGCCCUGGCGUCUCCAGUGAGAGAAGCUCCUCUCACCGAUCUGGAGGAUGACUUCCUGAUCCUGGAGGACGAUGGUCCUUCCUGGUUCUCCCUUCGCUGGAAGACUGACCCCAACAGGGCCACACCUCGACCGCAGCAGAAGGACCAAUCACACAGCAGUAACGACGCCUCAGCUGACACACUCACCAAGGCCAGCCAAUCAGAGAAGGAUACAGCCAAGCUGAGAUCAGAAGGGACAGCUGACGUGAAAACUAAAGAGAAGAAUGCUACUGGAGGCUCCUCCCUCAUACCUGUCCUCACCAAGUCUACAGCCAGGAAGAAGAGGGACUCUAGUCCCCAGGGUGAUGGGCCUGUCGAGGCAGACCACAUAGAACAAGACCAGAAGAAGAAAGUCAACAACCCGUUAUCUGAACCAACGACAGCAGGUGAGCUGGAACCAGGAGGAGGGGCCAAGCCUAAACCCAGCCAAUCAAAAGCCCGCACCAAAACAGAAAAGAAAGUUCCCAGAAUCUCUAAAUUCCAAGGUUACAAGGUGAACCCCAAGACGAGCCGAGGACGAGGCCGGCAGUCUGGGAAGACGAGGAGACUGUCAGCUGGAGCUGGGCAGGAGCCCGUCGUCAUGGAGGAGGAGUGUGAAGCUGCUGCAGACCAGGAUGUUUCACCAGUUCUACAGUUGGCACCGUCAGGACAGAGACGAGUCAAGGUUCCAGCCAAUCGUAAAGCCAAGGAGGUUGGCCCCUCCCCUACAGGUGAGGCUGACUUCUCCCAGGCCGGCCAGCUAACCCAGUUAGCAGGGAAGAGGAAGAGGAUCAAGCCUGGUCCUUGGUGGCUCACCAGCCCUGUCAACACACAGGUCACAGAGACAGACGACACACACACAGCCAACAAGUCCAAACACAAUAAUAAGAAAACUAAACCAGCAAGAUAUUCCUCUGUGGAGUCAGGGCAAGAGGAGGGGACAUCCAGACCCUUGUUUAAUCAGAACGCAAAGAAGAAACCCUCGUCCAAUCAGACCACAGAGAAUAAACCCUGGUCCAAUCAGACUGCAGAGCAUAAAGCAGAGAAGCCCAAGAGGGUCAGACCUAAGAAGCAGAAGACGACCAGUAGAGAGGAGCCAGCGAGGCCUGAAGGUCAGAGAGAAGAGGAGGAGGAUGAGGCCUCUACGGCAGAGCAGCAGGAGGAGCAACAGGAGAUGGGGGGGCUGAGUCCCAUGCCCAGCCCUCUCAGACAGCAUACACUCACCCCAAGUGAAAAGGUGUUUGACUGGAUCUAUACCCGCACUCCCAAGUGUAAACCCCAGAGUGACAUUACCCCCCACUCUGCUACCAUUAUCCCCAGCAGGAGUGAUGCCUUCCCCUCUACCGUUACCCCCAGCAGGAGUGAUGCCUUCCCCUCUACCGUUACCGCCAGCAGGCAGUGGCAUCAGGCCAGGGAGGCUCCAGAGAAACGCAGCAUGAGGAGGAAAGCUCCAGGGAACUGGUGGGUCACCAACAACCCCCCAGAGAACGCUGACAGCACCUCUUCAGUCCCUCAACAACCUCAGCCUUACCCCAAGAAACCUUCACCCCCUCAACCGCAGCCUAACCCAAAAACACGCAAGGUGGAGAGAAGUAAGUUCCUGGGACCCCCUCAGAAUGGCAACACAGCCUCCUCAACUCGACUUGGAGGAGUUCAUACCCCACUGAAGAGGAAGGACCUCUCCACUCCCAAGACGGUCAAGCGCUCUCUGGCCACCUUUGGUGCCAUCUUCUCCUCGGGCAGAGGAGCGCUUCCGGUGGCCACGGUCAGAAGCAGCACGUGUCAGACUUCGGGGAGGAAAACGCUAUUUCCUAGAUCGCCUGAGGAGCAGUCAGCCCAGAGCCCCAGCAUCGGCUCUGGUCCAGCUAAUGACCCCUCCCAGGACCCAGCCAGUGACAGGAGCUCCAGCCCUGUGGAUCUGAGUGCCAGUACUGUCUGCAUAGAGCCUGUUGGACAGCUGGGGAAAAAGAAGACCAUACGCCGAGACUUCUCCCAAAGCAACAACCGACUCUCAGACAACACGUAA